CUGCAGAUCAUAGAAUCAAUCAUCGAGGACACCUUGCAGUGCGAGUGGAUUCUGGACCAAGGUGCUCAGAUUUGCAUAAUGCGUCAAGAUAUCUGGCAGGACCUCAGAGCACCACUCAACCCAGACGGGGCGAUCCUACUCGAGACCGUGAACACUUCAGUGACUAAGAUCAUCAGGAAGCUUCCAUGUGUGUGUCUUUACUUCGGAAUGGUCAUCAUCACAGUACAGGUCCAAGUCAGUCAGCAUGUGCCAUUCAAGAUACUUCUGGGAUGGCCUUUCUUCACUACCUUGGCAUGCGAGACCUGA